CUCGCAUCUCAUUGGUCGAUUCGCGCGUCGCGCCGGAAGCGGCUCCCGCCGUGGCCGUGGCGACCGGGACGCGGCGGGGCCGGACCCGGUACCGGGAGCUGCGGGGAGGGGGCGAGCGGGGGGAGCGGGAGCGGCGUCGGCUCGGCUCCCGGUACCGGGGAGAGCCACAUGAGGAACCCCCGGCACCGGCGAUUCGCGGCGGGCGGCGCCGCUUUGGGCGGAUCCCGGUGCUACGGGCCGGCGAUGGGCCCCCCGCGCCCGCCGCCGCUGCUCCCGCGGAGCCCCCGGGGCCGGCGGCGGGCGCGGGGGUCCCGGGGGGGCUCCUGGCGCUGCCACCGGAGCUGCUGCUGCGGAUCUGCGGCUUCCUGCGGGCCCGGGACGUGCGGCGGGUGCUGCCCCGCGUCUGCCGCGCCCUGCGGGACCUGGCCCGGGACGCGGUGCUCUGGAGGCUGCGGCUGCAGCGCCGCGCCCGCCGCCCCCUGCCCGUGCUGCCAGAGGAGGGCUUCGAUUGGGCGGCCGCCUGCGAGGACCUGGAGGAGCACCUGGAGCGCUGGGGGGCCGGGGGGGCCCCCAUGGAGCACUUCUCCCUGGACGAGGGGCACUUCGCCUCCGUCGACUCCGUCCUGCUGCUGCAGGGGGGCUCCCUGUGCGUCUCGGGGGGCCGCGACCGCAACGUGAACCUGUGGGACCUGCGGGAGCUGGGCCGGGGCCCCCCCGGGAAGGUUCUGGUCAAGGCUCUGGGCUCGGGGCGCGGCGGCACACACAAGGGCUGGGUUUGGUGCUUGGCCUCGCGGGACUCGCGCGUCUGCUCCGGCUCCUGGGACAGCACCGUGAAGCUCUGGGACCUGGCGGCCGAGGGGCAGCAGUUCGGGGAGAUCCGGGAGAAGGCGGCCGUGCUGUGCCUCUCGUACCGCCCCGACGUCCUCGUCACCGGCACCUACGACAAGACGGUGACCGUGUACGACCCGCGAGCCGGGCAGGCCCAGGUGAGCAGCUACAAGCCCCACGCCAGCGCGGUGCUGUCGCUGGCGGCUGACGAGCGGCUGAUCGUGUCGGGCAGCGAGGACCGGACCCUGGUGGUGUUCGACCGCCGCGCCGGCUCCGUGCUGCAGCGCCUGCAGCUGGACAAUUACCUGCUCUCCAUGUCCUACCGGGGCUCGCAGCUCUGGGCUGGGGACAACCAGGGCCGGGUGUACCUGUUCGGCAGCGGCGGCGGCGGCGGCUUCCAGCCGGCCCGGUAUUUCGACGUGGGGCACCGGCUGCAGAUCACGGGGCUCUGGCACUCGCUGGGCUCGCUCUACACCACGUCCACCGACAGGACGCUGCGGGUGGGGGUCCCCGCGGGGCUGGGCUGGGGGGGCCCUGGGGGGGGGUCCCCGGGGGGUUCCUGCUGA